AUGUCUUUCCGAGGAGGUGGUGGAAGAGGGGGCCGUGGUGGUGGAUUCAACCGUGGUGGAGGGGGAAGAGGAGGAUACGGUGGUGGUAGUGGUGGUGGAGGAGGAUAUGGGGGUCGAGGUGGCGGCGGCGGUUUCCGAGGUGGUGGACGAGGAGGACGAGGAGGCUUCCAGGACUAUGGCCCUCCAGAAUAUGUUGUUGGUAAGAUGAAUGAGUUGGCAACGUGAUGAUGCACCCAUAUUGAUUAAACACUUUCUAGUGAUGCAGAGGACAUUAUUGAUGCUUGGCAUCCUGAAUUUACACCAGUUGUCUACGAAUAUCCAUGUUGUUUGCCAGGCGUUGCAACCUCUGUUGUCGUAGGUUUACUUGCAUGUGAUGAUCCAUGUUUUUUUCUGUGCUGACCAUAUGUCCUUGCUCUUUCCUCCUCAGCACUAGGCGAGUUCAUGCACCCCUGUGAGGAUGAAAUUGUGUGCAAGUGUGUAACGGAGGAAAACAAAGUUCCCUACUUCAACGCACCCGUGUACUUGGAAAACAAGGAGCAGAUCGGGAAGGUGGAUGAAAUCUUCGGUCAACUCCGUGACUUUGUAUCCUUUCAAUGUUUCGUUGUCUAACCUGUAUCAGAUUUGAAGUUCAGUGUGGCUCAGUUGGUAGAGCAUGGCGCUUGCAACGCCAGGGUUGUGGGUUUGAUUCCCACGGGGGACCAGUAUGAAAAUAUAUGAACUCACUACUGUAAGUCGCUCUGGAUAAGAGCGUCUGCUAAAUGACAAAAAUGUAAAAUGAAGUGGUUGGUUUAUCUCAUAAUUACAUUCUUCAUGGUGAUACAAAAUACCACUCAAUGUAAAAGUUGCAUGCUAGGAUUAUUUUAAACUGGUUAACACUGAGUUUCAUGUCAUUUGUGACACUGGUUUGCCCCUUAACCUAAAGCUACAGUAUUUCUCUGUCAAACUCUCUGAUAAUAUGAAGGCAUCCUCAUUCAAAAAACUACAGAAGGUAAGCUUUAUCAGUUUGUUACAUGUAGCAGAGCUUGACAUUAGUUGCUUAAGUACUUUUUAUGGUCUAUGCGACCCAAUCCGGCAUCAGUGGGGUUAUCUGAGAAUGGCAGUGCAUUCAUGCUUCUUGCGCUUUUCAGAGCGGAAAUGACAAACACCUCCCUCAACUCUCCUGUCAACCAAUCAUCGUCUGUGAAUCAAACGCAGAGAAUUGGGCAAGGAGCUCCAUGCUGCCCCUCCACACAGCCAACGUGUACUUCCGUUUUCGCCACAAUAGCAUCAUAAUCGCCUUGCGGAACCUUUGUGCCGUGGACACUGGAUUGACCAUAAAUCUGCUUUAGUUGUUGCAUAAAAAUGUCUGACAUGUAUUGUGUAACACAUAUUCUGGUCCACAGUUCUACGUAGACCCAAUGAAACUCCUACCACUACAGAGGUUCCUUCCCAGACCCCCGGGUGAGAAGGGUCCCCCAAGGGGAGGCAGAGGAGGUAGAGGUGGAAGAGGAGGUCCCCGCGGAGGUAAGAGCGAAAUGUCAACCGCUCACCCCCACAGCCCCAUGGGUGUUUAUUCUCUUGUGAAUAAAAGUUGAGGAAUGUUAUUCCAUUGAUAUUCAAACAAAAUGAAUUUGUCCUCUUUCCAGGUGGAUUCCGUGGUGGCAGGGGUGGUGGUGACCGUGGCGGAUUUGGCAGAGGCGGUUUCGGUGGUGGGCGGGGAGGAGGAGGAUUCAGAGGAAGAGGAGGCGGCGGCGGACGAGGAUUCAGAG